AUGAGAGCGAGCGGGCCAAAGCCGCUGACAAUGAUGGACGAGGUGAAACAAUCGCGCCCUCCCUCGCUCGCCCGUUUCCCACAUUCCUGCCUCCCAUGGCAACGGGCUGCUGCCGCCCUCCGCCGGCAGACGGCAGCGCCGCUCGGCCAGCUGCUGCUGACCUGGGUGAACUGCUCCAGCGUGCGGAUGGCCACCAGGAUCCAGGACGUCUUCACGGUGGGGAAGCUGAUGGCUCUGGGUCUCAUCAUCGUGGUCGGCCUCGUCCAGAUCUGCAACGGGAACUACGAGGCGCUGACUCCUCAGGUGGCGUUCUCUCUGGACCGGACGCCGUCGGUGGGUCAGAUCGCUCUGGCGUUCCUGCAGGCGUCCUUCGCCUUUAGCGGCUGGAACUUCCUCAAUUACGUCACCGAGGAAGUGGUUGAACCCAGACGGUGAAUGUUUACGCUUCUCAUCACUUUCUCAUCAU